AUGCUAUCAAAGAGUAGCCUUGAGCCAUCUCUUGUGUAUGGUAUGGCCUUCUUUUGCACAUAUGAGCUUGAAGAAGAAGACAUAGCUACUUCAACCAUGAAUUUCUUCAAAGCAUGGGGUCUCGAUAGCCAAACACAGACUGGAAAUUCUCAACUUGCAAGAAAAAGAAAGGAGCCCAACUCCAAACCAGUGUCAAGACUUCUUUUUGCAAUCAAGAGGACAAAGAGAAGUCUUGCCAAAUAUUUGAGAACUUGGGUUCAUGAUGGAGAGGUGCAUGUUGAAGAGGAACAGAAGCUGAUCAUGGCUAACACAAGGAGUUGUGCUCCACAAUGGAAGCCCCACGGUGUCUCUGGACCUCAGAGAAUUAUAGUUUUUCAAGUCCAGUGUCUUGAUUACCAAAAGGAAGAGAAAUUUGAUGGUGAUGAUGAUGGAUAUUGGUCAACUGGAGUUAGAAAUCAGAUGGGAUACCAUGUUUCAAGAUCUCAAACCCCAUAA